AUGUGGGACAUCUUCUGCCGAGUCCCUCUUCCUUGCAGCUCGCUCCACACUGCCCAGAGGGGGCAGAGGCAAGCUCAGUGUUGCACUGUGAGCAGUGUUGCCCCAUGCCUCAAUGGGUCCCUCCCAUUGGGCAGCCUUGCAAGUUCCAGGGUGCUUUGUUUGGAAGGGGAGCUUAGGGAAGAUGCUGCCGCUGCUUACUCUGCCCUGAUCUGCACCACCUCCCAGAGUGAGAGGACAAGGUAUGGGCAGGUAGGUGAUAAGUAUUUGGAGCAGGUGGGCAGCGACCCCCUCCUAGGGCAGCUCAGCUUCUCCCCACCCCACCCUUGGUCUUGCAGAAUCCUUGGCACAGCUGUUCUCCACCAAAGAAGCUGCCUUGGCUGA